AGUUCCGAGUGCGGUUCAACGCUAGGCGUAUCCUUUUCGCAGAGUUCCUCGCUCUAUCUUUGCCAUUGGGGCUUCCUCGUUUUGUGGAUGACCACUCUUGUUAUGGGGAUUACAGGAACGUUGCCGAGGGCGUGGGAAUGAGAUAUGAUGUGGAUGAAAACGAUCACGACGGAAUGCCUUUUUUGGUAGGGAAAGCAACUUGCAUUGCUGUUCUCCCUUCGCAAACCAUUCUUUCUUUAGCUCAUGGCCUUACUUUCUUGAACGUGCAGGGCGUUCUUUAUUUGCUGGUCGGUUCCAGCAUUCGUCAACGGACGAAAAAUCUCCCAACUCACAUUGUCAGAUGGCGUUUGCGUUUUGUCCUUUUUUUUUUUUUUUUUGCCUUUGCACAGCGGUGGAUUGCUUUGAUGCCGCUUCAUUUUUCGCUUGACUGGAAAUAAGUCAGGAUACAGCGGCAUUGGGUUACAUCUUGGGACAGCAGGUGCUGAGAGCCUCACGGCGAUUUUAGACGGCGGGAUUUCCAUUCUU